AUGUCGCUCGUACAGCCCCCUGUCCCAGAGCGCCGCCCCUCUAUGAACAUGGAGCUAGGGACCAACAAUCCAUUUCGCCAAAGACUUUCGACCCCCUCUCCCGGUGUUACCGACCCUUUCUCUUUCGGCCCUUCUGCUGGCAGGCCACAGUCUAGAAAUCCUUUUCUUGACGUAUUUGACGACAAUAACGAUCUUGAUCCAUUCCCAACUGACCGACCUGGCGCUCAUAAAUCUAACUCUUUUGACGCAACUUCCGCUACAAGACCUCAGCUUUCUCCACAGCUUCUAGGCGCUGCAGCAGAGCUUUUUGAGAAUCUUACUAUUACAGAUCACUCCCAAGAUCCUUUCCAAAAUAUGGACCAAGACAGGAACAGGAUGCCCCCACCCCGUGGUCACCAGUCAAACGGUUCAAGGUCCCGACCGCCACCACCACCGCCAUACGAACACCAUCAUUCGCGAUCUUCCGAUGAUAACUCACAAUUGAUCUCGAUCGAUACAUUCUCCUCAAACAGUGGACAACAGAGACAACAGCCCCGUCGCCCCCCACCAAGCGGUCGUCCUUCAAAUGGAGAUAGACUCAGGGAAUCCGACCGCGACCGCGAUGCCAGAAGGCGGCCCAGACGCAAUUCAGAUUCGUCUGUUAUGGAUGCUCAUGAUGCCGAGAAAGAGCGGGAAAGAAACGAACGGCGCCGUCGAGAGCAACGCCUGAAAGCUGAAAAUGGUUCAGGGUCUGGCUCCCGAUCUAAGGGUAAAGACGAGGGUGUACGAAGGGACAGAAAGAAGGGCUCGCCUCUAGAUGUUAUUGACAAACUUGAUGUAACUGGAAUCUAUGGCACUGGAUUGUUCCAUCACGAUGGUCCAUUUGAUGCAUGUAAUCCCCACCGUAAUAAGAAAACCCAUAAACUUGCACCUGUGCAUGCCUUCCCAGCCGAUUCAGCAAACAAUGCGCUUUCUGGGUUUGGUCCGGUUAGUCUUAAAGCCGACCACUCUCACCUCUUUGGGAAUCGAGACCCAGAAGCUUUCCACGACUUUACGAGUACAGGAAGACGCGACUCAGCCUCGGGAAAGCUCGAUGUUCGCCCAUCAGGUACUCGAACUGCAUCAUUUGAUCCCAAGGCUUCUGAAACUAUUCAUGGAGAUGAGACUGUUGGCCUAGGUACUUCAACAUUUUUAGAUGGGGCACCAGCAUCAAAGAUAGCAAUGGAACGGACCAUGUCUGAAACAAAUGAUGACCGGCCUCGGUCUUCAAAUGGUGGUAGUGGAGGGGGUCUCCAGCGGAAGAAGUCAUUGGCACAAAAGAUUCGAUCCAUCAGUCAAAACAGAACUAAUAUGAGUGACGGACCCGUCGGCUCUGGGCACCGCCGCCCUCCUCCCCCAGGAAGAUCGCCAACGGAAUCAAAGUACUCACCCACUACCCCUGUCAGUGCAACAGCAGGCAAAAAUGACCGCAAUCCUUUUUUCACGGAGUAUGAAACCGCAUACGACAAGAAGAGCGAGGCCAUCGCAGAGAGUAAAGGCGAGAGAGCGCCAAACUCACCAAAGAAACCAGCCAGGGUAGGCACUGGGGACAAAGGCAGCGAGAAUGGACUCUUAAAGCGAGUCAGGAGUUUGUCGAAGUCCAAGAGGCGCAACGAUUAG